AUGGUGACAUGUGAAGAACUUUAUGGUGGAGAAGAGCUUCCUCUUGUCCAACCAGACCCUGUGGUGUUGGAGAUUGAUCGUUUGCAAAACCAACUUAUAGAAAAGGUUAAGGAACUGGCAACUUGCCAGGGUGAAAUCAAGUCCUUAAGGGCAACUGAAGCUCAGAAGGACAAGGCCAUAGAAGAGCUGAGAAAUGAAAUAAGCAAACUGGAUGAGAGACAUAGACUUAACGAGGAUCAUCUUAAACACAAGAAUCUAGAAAUCAAGAAACUGACAGAAGACAAGAAAGAUGCAUUGGCUGCACAAUAUGCUGCAGAAGCAACUCUUAGAAGGGUACAUGCAGAUCGAAAGGAAGAUGAUUUUGUUGCAAUUGAGAGUGUCAUUACUCCUCUUGAGGCUGAGAUUAAGAUGUAUAGAAAUGAGAUUACAGCACUACAAGAAGAUAAGAAAGCUUUGGAACGACUCACUAAGUCAAAAGAGUCAGCUUUGCUUGAAGCAGAGAGGAUUUUAAGAAGUGCACUAGAGAGGGCUUUAAUAGUUGAGGAAGUUCAAAAUGAAAACUUUGACCUCAAGAGACAGAUUGAGAUCUGCCAGGAGGAGAACAAAAUCUUAGAGAAAACUAACCGCCAAAAGAUUUUGGAAGUUGAAAAACUAAGCCAAACCAUUCAUGAACUUGAGGAGGUCAUCUUAUCAAGUGGAACCACUGCUAAUGCCAUUCGUGAUUAUCAGCGACAGAUUUCUGAAUUGCAAGAGGAGAAGAGGACACUGGAGAGGGAGCUAGCAAGGGUAAAAGUUUCAGCCAACAGAAUUGCAACUGUUGUGGCUAAUGAGUGGAAGGACGAAAAUGACAAGGUCAUGCCUGUCAGGCAAUGGCUGGAAGAGAGAAGGAUUAUGCAGGCAGAGAUGCAACGAUUGAAAGAAAAGCUACUUAUAUCAGAGAGAACAGCUAAGGCAGAGUCACAAUUGAAGGAUAAACUGAAACUUAGGUUAAAAACACUGGAAGAAGGCUUAAAGCUUUUCUCAAGUCAUCCGAUCAAUUCGAAUGCGUUUUCUGGGUCUCCAAAAGCAGAAAGGUCUAACAUCUUAAGUUUCCUAACGACCACCAGUGGACUAAGAAACAGAUCAACAUCACAACCAAGGGCAUCUACUGUUGGAAGUAUAUGGGCAUCAAGAAAUAAAGUUGCUGAUAGUGGUGAAAAGGAAAAUGAGAAGCAGGGGAACCCGGGCAUGAGUUUAAACAAAUGCAAUGAUGAAAGAGAAGCAGCAGAAAUUAAAACCAGUGUUGAUGUUGACUCUAAAAGCAGUAGUAGUAAUGAUUUAGGCAGCAAUGAUAUGAUCUCAGGUUUUCUAUAUGAUAAGCUUCAAAAAGAGGUCAUCAAUUUGAGGAAAUUUUGUGAAAUUAAAGACAGUAGUUUGCACACUAAAGAUGAAGAAAUAAAGAUGCUCACAAAGAAAGUUGAUGCACUGACAAAGGCUAUGGAAGUAGAAUGGAAGAAAAUGAAAAGAGAAGCAGCUGCUAGAGAGAAGGAGGCUGCAUCAGCAAAAUCAGAUGAUAACAGGAAAAAUAGAAGCUCAAACUCCUCUAAAAGGGUGAUGAAAGAACAUUGAAGAUUCUUUAU